AGGAAAUAUUCUAGAUAAUGACAGUUUUUUUUUUUACAAUAAGUCGGACAAACUCAGGACCCAUAACGUAUUAUCCAAAUCCCCGGAUUAAAUCUAGUGGUUUAGAUAAUGAUAGUUUUAUUAUUUUCUCAAAUAAUAAAGAAAUAAAAAAAUUUGAAUAUAGUUAAGGUGGGACCAGUGUGAAGAAAAUGAAACUAAAUUACAAUAAUCUCUGUUCUGUUCUGUUCUGUUCUUACAGAUGAGAUGACACGGUUUUAGUUUUCUUCUUCAUUCAUUCAUUCAUUCAUUCUGCUAUUCUUUCCUUUUUACUUUUCCUUUUUCUUAACCUCAUCAUCACUUUUUAACCUUUUCAAUCUCAAUCACUUUCUUCUUCUUUUUCAAUCCUCCAUUUAUUGAAUUCCAAUCUCUAUCAAUUUCAUUCUACCUAACUUUCCCUUGAUCUCAUUCUAAGUUAUCUUCUUUAUAUCUUCCUUUUUAUCUUUCUUUCAAUUGCUUAAUUCAUCUUCUUUUGUUAAUUCAUUUGCUGACUGAGUAAGUCAGCAUAGAUAUAGAUCAAGAACAACACUGGUUAUUUUAGUUGUGAAGAUGGUUUUGGGAAUAAGAACAAAGAGUAGAAAAAGUGUUUCAAAUUCAAUCCAACUUCACUACAUCAUUCAUGUUCAUGAGAUCAAACCAUGGCCACCUUCACAAUCAUUGAGGUCUGUUCAAUCUGUGCUCCUGCAAUGGGAAAACGGAGACCGCAAUUCCGGGUCUCUAGCAUCCAAUGUCAGUAACGGGAAAAUCGAGUUUAAUGAACCUUUUAAGCUUCCAGUGGUUAUGAUUAGAGAAGCAUCUAAGAAAGCACAAAACCGCGAAACUUUCAAGAAAAACUACUUAGAUUUUAACUUGUAUGAUAGGACGGUAAAGAGCCAACUUUUAGGAUCAGCAUCCAUAAACUUUGCAGAUUUUGGAAUUAUUAAGGAAGUUAAAUCCAUAAGUUUUCAUCUGAACUGCAAGAAGAGUUCCAAGAGCUCGGCACAACCGUUGAUGUAUGUUAGUAUUCAGCCAUUUGAUAUAGAGAGUUCCAGCGCAUCACCAAGCAGUCGCUUGUCAAAAGAUUUUUCACUAGAAAGUGAAUCUGUAUCACAGUCAGUUAAAGACGACGAUGAUGAUGAUGAUCUUGAAAUUGCCGCUUUUACGGAUGAUGAAAUUGAGGACAUUCCUUCAAAUAAUUCGCAAACUAUCAGAUCUGCUUCAGAGACUACAGGAGACGGUAUCAAAAUCAGCGAAGGAGGAACAAAGGGAUCUAAUGGAGAAUUUAUUCUACCCUCAGAAAGUACUACUUCUAGUUCAUAUGUGAACACAAAGGACACAAAGGCUGAAGCAUCCGCACAGGUCAAUGGCAUCAAAUCUCCCUCUUCGUCUUUGGUUCUACGUUCGGGUUCGGGAAAUGCUGAGAAUGGCAGGCCUUCUUUACCUAAAAUUCCUGUGGGAAGUGUUAAGGUUGCUGAUGCAAGUUCUAAAAUUCAAGAAAACGUUCAACAAUCCCGUUGGAAAGAUAUCACUAGUGAUAGGUUCAAAGCCAUAUCUCCAUCUUCAAACACUUCAUCAAACACAAAGGCUGAAGCGUCCACACAGGUCAAUGACAUUAAAUCUCCCUCUUCUUCACCUUUGGUUCUACGCUCGGGUACGGGAAAUGCUGAGAAUGGCAGGCCUUCUUUACCUAAAGUUUCUGAGGGAAGUGUCAAGGUUGCUGAUGCAAGUUCCAAAAUUCAAGAAAGCGUUCAACAAUCCCGUUGGAAAGAUAUCACCAGUGAUAGGUUCGAAGACAUAUCUCCAUCUUCAUACACUUCAUCAAACACAAAGGACACAAAGGCGGAAGCGUCCACACAGGUCAAUAGCAUUAAAUCUCCCUCUUCACCUUUGGUUCUACGCUCGGGUACGGGAAAUGCUGAGAAUGGCAGGCCUCCUGUACCUAAAAUUUCUGAGGGAAGUGUCAAGGUUGCUGAUGCAAGUUCCAAAAUUCAAGAAAGCAUUCAACAAUCCCGUUGGAAAGAUAUCAGUAGUGAUAGGUUCAAAGCCAUAUCUCCAUCUUCAAAGACUUCAUUAAGUAUGAAACCACACUUAGAAAUAUCUUCCCAAUCUCAAGUGAUUCCAGAGGAUAUAAGUCAAGAAGAUAGCACAGGAAACUGGAGAUAUAAAGAUUCUCCUGAAAAAGUUAGUAGUGUUUCUAACAAUGUUGUGAUGGAAGCCAAUGAGAAAUUGGUCGAGAGAAUAAAAGGACGAGAACAGUUUACUAUAAGUAAUGAAAUUUCAGAUGAUGAUUUUUCAGAUGAUGAGUCAACAAGGACAUGGAAAAUAAGAAGUGAUACUCUUCGACUACGUAAAAAAUCACAUGAACAUCCAACAAUUAUUUCGACAAAUGAUAAAUCAAAAGAUGUGAGAAAUGAAAAGUUUCCUAUACAAACUACUCAGAGCAAUGGGAAGUUCAUCAGAAGUCAACACCUAGAUCAGAAAGAGAAAAUUAAUACUUCAAAAGAUCAGAAAGAGAAAAUUAAUACUUCAAAUGGUGUUCAUGUCGAUGCUGCUUGUCAUAAUGACAUUAAUGUGAAUGGCAACUUUCUUAAUGAUAAUACUGAAUUGAAGGCCGAAGUUGAAAGGCUUCGUGAAGAGCUGAGGGAAGCUGCCGCUCUCGAAGCUUCAAUGUACUCAGUUAUUGCUGAACACGGCUCAACAAACAAGGUUCAUGCACCUGCUCGGCGCUUGUCUAGAUUCUAUUUCCAUGCUUGUAGAGCUGGCUCACCUGCUAAAAUAGCUCGUGCAGCCCAAAGCGUUAUCUCAGGAUUUGUUUUGGUUUCUAAAGCAUGUGGAAACGAUGUUCCAAGGUUGACAUUCUGGUUCUCAAAUCUAAUAUUGCUGAGAGCAAUUGUGAGCAAAGGAGUUGAAAAUGAAGAUCUUGGCGAUGGUCCAUGCAUCAACAGUGAAUGUUAUGUAAAUGGUCCUGCGCUUCAGGAACAAGAAAAAGAAAAUUCGGAGACAUUUAUAGUUGCAUUGGAAAAGGUAGAAGCUUGGAUAUUCUCUCGAAUCGUUGAGUCAGUGUGGUGGCAGACUUUGACUCCAUACAUGCAGUCUGCAGCGGCUAAGAGCUCUAACUCUAGGAAAACCAAUGGGAAGAGACAUGUUAUCGGUGAUCAAGAUCAAGGAAACUUUUCUGUGGAUUUAUGGAAAAGAGCUUUCAAGGAUUCAUGUGAAAGGCUUUGUCCUCUUCGAGCUGGAGGGCUCGAAUGUGGCUGCUUGCCUGUGAUAUCUAGAAUGGUGAUGGAGCAAUUGGUUAAUAGACUUGAUGUGGCGAUGUUCAAUGCUAUUCUUCGCGAAUCAGCCGAUGAGAUGCCUACGGAUCCUGUAUCUGACCCUAUUAGUGAUUCUAAGGUUCUUCCUAUACCAUCUGGAAAAUCAGGCUUUAGGGCUGGUGCACAACUAAAGAAUUCUAUUGGUGACUGGUCAAGAUGGCUUUCAGAUUUGUUUGGCAUUGAUGAUUCUGACUCUCAUGAAGAUGAAAAUGAAAAUGAAGAUUUGAAAUAUGAAUCACCCUUCAAACCUUUCCCUCUCCUGAACGCGUUGAGUGAUCUAAUGAUGCUUCCUUUCGAUAUGCUUGCAGACAACUCUAUGAGAAAAGAGGUAUGUCCUAGAUUUGGCAUAUUGAUAAUAAAACAGGUCGUCAACAAUUUUGUACCCGAUGAGUUCUCCCCUGGACCUGUCCCAAAUGCUGUUUUCGAGGCCUUGGACAAUGAGGAUAUUGAGGAUGAUGAAGCAUCCAUCACAAGCUUUCCAUGCACUGCUGGUUCAACAUUCUAUGCACCUCCUCCAGCUUCUUCAGUUGUAAGCAUGCUAAAAGAAGUUGGAACCCCUUUACUAAGAAGUGGUUCAUUUGUGCUUAAAAAGUUAUAUACAAGUGAUGAUGAACUUGAUGAAUUAGAUACACCACUUUCUGCUCUUGGCAUGGAUAAUAAUACUAAGAAAAAGAAUGCAGCAGUAAAGGGAGGUGGUAAGGUUGUUAGAUAUGAGCUUUUGAGAGAAGUGUGGAAGAGUAAUGGUGAAUGACAUAUAUAUCUUAAAUAAUUGUUUUAUUCUUUUUGUAUAUUUUGUUUACUAUUUAGCAUGUAGUAUAUAGCAGCUUUUGUUUUGUUUUUAACAUUAAGAGUAAAGAGUAAUAAUAAUAUUGGUCUUUUAUAA